AUGACCACCGUCAGCAAGAGCUACGAAUCUCACGAGGAUCCAGUGAUCGACUAUUGCACGAAAUUAACGAUCAAAAUGUCACCUCUUCAAGAGGAACUUCAAAAGGAAACCCUCGAAAAACACGAGAGAAGGGGAAUGCUUGGAGGACCAGAGAUCUUUGUUAUUGGUCAAAGCUUCCUCAAUCUCAUUCAUGGGAAAAACGUGCUUGAUAUUGGUACCUUCACCGGAGCCUCAGCUCUAGCCUGGGCUCUUGCAAUUCCUGAAGACGGAAAGGUUAUUUCAAUGGAUGUCGAUCAUUCUGCGCUUGAUCAAAUCGGCCGAUCAAUCAUCGAGAAAUGCUCAAAAACUGCGCACAAAAUCGACUUCAGAUUGGGAUCAGCUAUUGAGACUUUGGACAAAUUGAUCGCUGAGGGAAAAUCCGGGAAAUUUGACUUGGCUUUCAUCGAUGCCGACAAGGUGAACUACACAAAUUACUACGAGAAAUCGAUGGAAUUGCUUCGAUCGGGUGGAGUGAUUCUUGUGGAUAAUGCUCUUUGGGAUGGUGCUGUAGUGAAAACUGAAAAGGAUGAGGCAACCAAAGCCAUCGAUGAGUGCAAUCGACGCAUUUUUGCGGAUGAGAGAUCCAACUCAUUUCUCAUCAACGUCGGUGAUGGACUUCAUGUGGCUUUCAAAAAA